AUGCGCGCCUUCGAAUACUUCCUAGCCGCUACCUUCUCAGGCAUCUCACUAGCGGCCAACGUCCGAAUAGUACAACAAUUUCCCAAUCCCACCUGGGUAGAGAAUGUUGCCUCUACCCGUAACGGAUCCCUUCUCGCUGGAAUCCUCGGUCAGACUCCAGCACAACUCCACAUCAUCAACCCAUUCUCCAACGCCACGCAAGACACCCUGCUACACACCUUCGCCUACUCCAACUCCAUCUUCGGCAUCACCGAAUACGAAACCGACGUCUUCGCCGUCGCCGCUGGCAACUUCAGCUCCGCAACUGCCAACGGCACCGGCGAUGCGAACAUCUGGAGUGUAGACCUGCGAUGCGGGACCACCAAAGACAGCGUCGAGGUCAGGAAACUUGCGUAUCUACAGGAUGCGCAGAUCAAUGGAAUUGCGGCAUUGAACAGCGAUACGCUUUUGUUCACCGACAGCUGGGCUGGUAAUAUACGCAAGGUGGAUGUUAGGACUGGCAAGUACGAAGUCGUUCUGCAGGAUGCAUCGACUGCGAACAAUCUGUCUACGCCUUUGCCUCUGGGUGCAAACGGCCUCAAGAUCCUCCGUCCGAAUUCUGUUCCUUCCGGAAAUGCUAGUCCUACGCUCUACUUCUCCAAUUUGCAGCUAGGCUCUCUGCACAAGGUGUCGGUUGACCAGCAUACAGGUCGUCCAAAUGGACAGGUCGUCACGCUAGCUGGGAAUGUUGGUGUCAUUGAUGACCUCGCAGUCACGGAUGAUGGGACAGUCUUUCUGGCGAGAGAUGCUGCCAAUGAUGUUGUUAGGAUCAGUGAUGACGGCGAGGUGGUCACCCUCGGAGGGGAAAAUUCAACGAUCUUGGGCCCCACCGCAGUGGUACUUGGAAGAACGUACAAGGAUAGAGGGGUUCUAUAUGUGAGCGCUAUGGGUGGACAGCAGGCUGACGGGACUUAUUUGGAAGGUGGGAAGGUAGUGGCUGUUGAUUUGACAGCGUGA